AUGGGUUUUGACUUCAACUCGCUCGAGCCUUUAAUUAAGGAGAUUCUCUCUGCUCCAGGGACGGAUUUAAACACUAUCAGCGCAAAACGCGUCCGUCGUCAACUCACGGAAUUGGAUCCUUCGUUGACUUCGGAGUUCAUGAAAGAGAAUAAGGAGGAUGUAGACUUGGUAAUUGCGCGGGUUUAUGAGAGUGUACGGGAGCCAGGGGGUGAUGACGGAGGAGAGGACCACGGAGAGGGUGCGUCGGACACAUCGAGGAAGCGCAAACAAUCGGAGCAGUCAGAGGAUUAUGGCGAGAACGGCGAGGAAGAGGCUGGAGAUGAAGACGAAGAAGCCGAAUCUGCACCUCCUGCGAAGAAAGCGAAGAAGGGAAAGAAGGAACUUAGCGACGAGCAGCUUGCGCGGCAAAUAUCAAAUGAGAUAAAUGGAGGCGGUCGAAGGAGUGCUACCCGCUCUGCUCGUGCUACUAGUGGAACACCAAAAAAGCCUCGAAAGAGGAAGAGUGCGGCAAUUGUGGAUUCGGACGACGGGUCAGACGCUGGCGACAAGCCGAAAGCGAAGUCCGCCGCGCGAGGCGGUUUCGCGAAAGAUCCGCCCCUGGCUUCGCUGCUUGCAGUAGAUAAGCUGUCGCGGCCACAAGUCGUGAAGCAGCUCUGGGUGUACAUAAAAGCAAACGAUCUACAGAACCCUUCGAACAAGAAGGAGAUCAUCUGUGAUGCGCCCAUGAAAGCCAUCUUCAAGUCGGACAAAAUUGACAUGUUUUCAAUGAAUAAAUAUUUGGGAUCGCAUUUGUACAAGGACGCCGAAGAGGAAGCAUAG